AUGAUUACCCAGCCCCUUGUCGUUGCUGGCUUCAUGGCCACGGCCACCAUGGCCGGCGUCAUCGAGCGCGGAGAGGACACGUCCAUUUGCGGUGCUCCAAGCCCCAGCAACGAGCAGAUGCAAUCCUUCAAGUCCCUCAUGGCCCGGUCUGCCGAAGGGGGGAUCUUCAACCGCCAGGCCGGUGACGACCAGCCCCUCGAGAUCGCCACUUUUAUCCAUGUCGUUGCUGAAGACAACACGCUGGAAGGAGGCAUGCUCAGUAACGAGUCCGUGAGCAAGUCCGUGGAGAUUAUGAACACGCUCUACGCCCCGGCCAAAAUCUCGUUCAAGAUUCAGGACGUGACGUUUACCGAAGACCGCAACUUGGCCACAUACGGAGACGACCGCGGCAUUGCUAUGAAGCAGCAGCUCCGCCAGGGCGACUCGAGCGUGCUCAACCUCUACUACGUCCGGAACUUUGGCAGGCCCGGGCUCAAAGGAGAAUGCACCUUUCCCACGGCUCCCGGAAGAGGAGACCCUAUGGAUGGGUGCGCUGUCGCCUCCGAUUCUAUCCCCGGGGGACCGACUGAGAGGCGCGGCCAGCGCCAGCCGAACUUCCCGAGCCGGCCCAACACCAUGAACGGCCGGGAGGCGCGCAAAAACGACCCUAACGACUUUGGCAUCACAAAGGUGGGCACCCACGAGGUCGGCCACUGGUUCGGCCUGCCGCAUACCUUUUCCGAGGAUGGCACCUGCAGAGCAAUCGGCGACACGCCUCCCGAGUCGGGGCCGGCUAUGAUGUGCCGUACGGGGCAGAACCGGUGCGGCGUCACGCCGGCUCAGGAGGAGGAGCUGAACCAGAACAUCAUGAGCUACGCGGACUGCCCAAAGCAGGCAUUCACUCAGGGUCAGAUGCAGUAUAUGAGACAGAAUUUCAGAGAGCGCCGCCAGACGGAUGGAAACAGCCAGGGCAGCGCAGGACGGGGAUCCGGAAGACCAAACGGACCCGGUGGACCCGGUGGCCCGGGCCCGAGACCGGGUCCUCGUCCUGGGCAGCCCAUGCCGAAUCCCGGACAACCCUUGCCAAAUCCUGGCGAGCCAAUGCCAAAUCCCGGCCAGCCAAUGCCAAAUCCCGGCCGGCCCAUGCCAAAUCCCGGCUGGCCCAUGCCAAGUCCCGGCCGGCCCAUGCCGAAUCCCGGAUCACCCUUCCCGGGCGCCGAAGGCCCAGCCGGCAGACCCGGUGGCAGUCCGGCCAUGCCUCCUUUCCCGGGCGUGUCUUCCGACGGUGGCCCGGCCCAACCACAGGAGCUUCCGGGCUUCCCCCCCUUUCCCGGCUUUGACCCCAACGAGCUUCCACCUCAAGACGGGGGGGCCAUCAUAGAGGCAGAUGAUUCCGCCCCCGUCGUCCAGGCUGCGCCGCCCCCGGGCCCCGACGGAUUCCAAGACGAUGGACUCGAGCCAUUUGACGCUCCGAUCCAAAUCUACUACUGA